CCCUAAACCGCCAUUCACUCGUUUCUUGUUCUCUUAACUAAAACCAACUCUCUCUCUCUCUCUCUCUCUCUCUCUCUCUCUCUCUUUCCUGGGUUUUUCAAAUUUUUCCUUCCCUUUCUUUUCAAGCCAGAUUCUUUUACUAUCCUAUCAAACUAUCUAGCCGUCUUACCAUGAAUGCUCUCGCCGCAACGAACCGUAAUUUCCGCCAUGCGGUACGUUUACUCGGGUUGGACUCAAAGGUAGAAAGGAGCCUCAUGAUUCCCUUCAGGGAGAUCAAGGUGGAGUGCACGAUCCCCAAGGAUGACGGCAGUCUGGUAUCGUACGUUGGGUUCAGAGUACAACAUGACAAUGCACGUGGCCCUAUGAAGGGUGGGAUCAGAUAUCAUCCUGAGGUUGACCCUGAUGAAGUGAAUGCUCUGGCUCAACUAAUGACUUGGAAGACCGCUGUCGCGGACAUUCCAUAUGGAGGAGCAAAGGGUGGGAUUGGAUGCAACCCAAAGGACUUGAGUUCGAGCGAGUUGGAGCGUCUCACUCGUAUCUUUACCCAGAAAAUCCAUGAUCUUAUUGGAAUUCAUACUGAUGUUCCUGCCCCAGACAUGGGCACUAAUGCUCAGACUAUGGCAUGGAUUUUGGAUGAGUACUCAAAAUUUCAUGGUCACUCGCCAGCUGUUGUGACAGGAAAGCCCAUAGAAAUUGGUGGAUCAUUCGGUAGGGAUGCUGCUACUGGGCGGGGCGUUGUAUAUGGAACAGAGGCUUUACUUGCUGAGCAUGGGAAGUCAAUUAAGGAUCUGAGAUUUGUUAUUCAGGGAUUUGGAAACGUGGGUUCUUGGGCAGCUAAGCUAAUUCAUGAGAGAGGAGGUAGAAUUGUUGCAGUGAGCGACAUCACUGGUGCAGUUAAGAACCCAAAAGGCAUUGAUAUAACAGAAUUGCUUAAUCAUAGAGAAAGCACAGGAAGUUUAAAAGAUUUCCAUGGUGGAGAGACAAUGGAUCCAGAUGAACUGCUUGUUCAUGAAUGUGACGUUCUCAUCCCAUGUGCUUUAGGUGGAGUUCUGAACAGGGAAAACGCUGCCGAUGUGAAGGCCAAAUUUAUAAUUGAGGCAGCAAACCAUCCUACUGAUCCUGAAGCAGAUGAGAUCCUAUCAAAGAAAGGAGUUAUAAUACUCCCCGAUAUAUAUGCCAAUGCCGGAGGUGUGACCGUUAGCUACUUUGAGUGGGUUCAGAAUAUUCAAGGUUUUAUGUGGCAUGAAGGGAAGGUAAAUAAGCAGCUUAGGAGGUACAUGACUCGAGCUUUUCAAAACAUGAAGAACAUGUGCAAGUCACAUGACUGCAAUCUCCGAAUGGGUGCCUUCACACUAGGAGUAAACCGGGUUGCGCGUGCCACCCUCCUGAGGGGUUGGGAAGCAUAAAUAGCUUACUUUUUCAGUCUUCUGAUUCUAUCUUUACUGCUUAAAUGUUGCGGGAGGGAUUUGUUUUAUCAAGCAAUUGGUAUUUCUUACUGGUUACUAGCAAUUUGUUUGGAAGAGUCAGUCUUCAUUAUUCUUGUUACUACUUUCAUUCAUGUUUGGGAUAAAUUCCAUCUUUCAUGACUUCUGGAGUAAAUGAGAACAUUUAAGCUUUGGUGUUCA